GAAGGGGAAGCAGGAAGUUCCGCGGCCCGGUGGCUGUCUGCGCGUGUGAACGCUCCCGGAGUUUCUCAAGCUGCUCCCUCUUGCACACCUCCGGGAGAGGAGCGGGCUGGCUUUUCCGGUUUAGUAACUUUGCAAGAUUUCAUUAGAUCAACGCCUCGCUGCACUAACUUUGGAAUUCCCCUCAUUUACAGUGCUUUGUUGCAACUCUGCCCUCCUAACUUUGCUUUCUUGUUGGAGGGCACGAAGGGCAAGGAAUACAGUUUCCAGCGUGGCGCGGGUGUCUCUGAGGCUAUCUCCCUAAUAUAGCUGAUCAUAAAGUGACUGGCAUCUUCAGGUAUCUUCCACAUGUUUAUAUUAUGGCAAAAGCAGUAUUAAUUGAUCUCUGCAGCUCUUGGAGUAACCAGACUCAGGAAUCAGUUGUCGGGACAUUAGAGGGUGUUCAAGAGGACGACCCUUUCCACACUCCGUUACUUUACCUUAUGUGUUAUCACACCAUCGGAAAUGAGAGGAAUGGAAAAGAUACACACCAUAAAGUGAUACGGAGUUUUCAUUGUCCAGAGAAAGGAGUUGAGGUUGUGUGUUCUCAGAGUACAGUUGCCGCUUUGUACACCAUUAAACAGAAACUUGAUGAAAAAGGCAUAGACACUAUUAAAAUAAUCUUGCUAUCAAAAAGAAAGCCAUUAAUGAGGGAGUAUGUCAACCAACUUUUUACUAGUGUUUACCAGUUUGAAUUUAAAGAUUUGCAGAUAAAUUGUGAAGAAUAUGACCCCAAGAAUUCCACAGUACGUCAGAAUGAACUGGAGACACUCACAGACCAAGAGGUGCAACAGGUUCAAAGUGAGAUAACAUUGUUUUUAAAAAGACUUCCUUCUUUGAAAGGGAAACUCACUAUUCUCAAGUCCCUCUUAAUUCCAGACCAUAUCUUCUUACAUGGAUUCACUACCAGAACAGGUGGCAUCUCAUAUAUACCAACCAUGAGCUCGUUCAACCUGUUUAGUAGCUCAAAGCGGAGGGAUCCACCAAUUGUUGUCAAGGAAAACCUUCGCAGGUUAGCCGCUGUUGCUGGAUUCGACCAAGAUAAAUAUCACACUAUAAAGGUCAACCAUGCCAGUGAUGUCUGGGUCAUGGGAAGAGCCCAACCAAAGAGCUAUGAUGCAUUAGUAACUAACCAGAAAGGUGUUACAAUAGCUGCUCCUGGAGCAGAUUGCAUUCCUGUACUUUUUGCUGAUCCUGUCCAAAAAGCAUGUGGUGCUGCUCAUUCAGGUUGGCAGGGCACAUUGCUGGGAGUGUCUAUGGCUGUUGUCAAUGCGAUGAUAAAGGAGUAUGGCUCUAACGUGGAAGAUAUUCUUGUGGUCCUGGGGCCUUCGGUUGGACCUUGUUGUUUCAGGCUACCACAGGAAUCUGCAAAAGAAUUUCAUAGGAUUGAUCCAAAAUGUGUACGACAUUACGAAGCAUCACAUCCUUACAUUGAUAUCAGAAGAGCAACACGUGUUCUUCUGGAAGCUGGAGGGGUUCUGCCUCAGAACAUUCAGGAUGAUACUGUGAAGGAUCAAAAGCAGAAUCUCACUCUCUGUACAUCAUGUUGCCCUGAUCAGUUCUAUUCUCAUGUUCGUGAUGGGGAGAACUUUGGAACACAGAUUGGUUUCAUCUCAAUUAAAGACUGAGAGUUUUUCAUAA